AUGGCUUCUGGUUCUUCUGGCUCAUCUUCGUUUUCAUCCAAUGUCCGUUACCCUCCAUCAUAUCGCCAAGCUCAAACGAGCCCCUUAGACCCAAUAUGGACGCCGGCAACGACAUCAACCGCCUCUGCGCCAACAUCGUACUCUUCCGAGGCCCCAACUCCGCUACGCCCACUCGACCUUGGCCCGCCAGGCUAUCAAGCGACAAUCAGAACCCUCUUCCAACAAACAACAGACGAGAUGACAGUAUACCUUGGGCCGUGGGAAAUAGAGAGUGCCGGCCCGGAUCACCGGCGACUAUCUUGGCAAUGCAGCUACGAAGGCGAGGUCCUUGAACACUAUCUACCAUCCAGCAACCCCUCUGACACGUUUCCACUCUCGCUCCAUGCACACCACCGGCGCUUUGAGAGCCCUCAUGAUAUGGAGCUCUAUCUGAGUUUCGGCUCGCCUCAGCGUAUUCGGUACACGGCAGCAGACGGCACCGUCAUGCAUGACGCUGUCGUAGAUGUCAACUAUGUGUUGGCAACAUUCGAGGGCUCACUUCGCUUCCAGAGCAAUCUUCGCGAGCGCGAGUUGGUCGACUUCUUCGACAUGGAUGUGGUUUGGUCCGAUCGCGAAGGCCGUACUGACUCCUUUGGCUCUGUCAAGGGUAUCGCCACUGGCCUAAGAUUGAAGAUGUGGAAGGACAGGUUUUCGUCGCAGCAUACCAUUGCCCUGCUGGGACGUGAUCGUCGCCCACGCGAGUAUUGGAUUGCAGCUUUUGAUGGGGAAGUCAAGAGUCGUGAUGAUCGACAUCGGAGAUUGAAGCUGAAUGUCAUCGCACGGCGCGGGAGUGCGAAUGAGACUAUCUCGGGGUCGUCAUCGCGCAGGCCUUCCUUCUCUUCUUUUCGAAGCCGCACGCGAUCAAUGGAUGACAGUAAUGCAGCUGGAAACUCCCAAGCAUCUUCAUUGCAUGACCCUGUGCAGAGGCCCAGCUUCCGCUACCUCGGAAUGCAAUUCACUCGGACUGCCGGUAAACUUCUGUUCCUUGUAUUUUAUUUCGAGCGGUUUAUAGAGAGGUGGACUGCUUCGCACGCAGACGAAAGGCAAUUUGGCGACCACACGAUGGGACAGUAUGAACUGCCUUCAGGGGCUACGAGAGGUAGCGUUUUCGAGCUUCCAGCCGAAACUUACCAGAUGCUAGAGACGGUGGAGGAGCCAGACAACAGCAUGAUACAAGACUGA